GUGAUCAGAUAUGGCAGCUUUCAGGAGCCAGUGUCUGAUUGGCUGUUGCUAAGAUACGGGCUAUCCGCCAUCAUUGUAAACAGCCUGGCUUGAAGGGGGAGUUUGGUGUAGCUGAAGGGAGAUGGCAAAGUUGCAAAAGGAAACGGUUAGUAUGCCUCCUCCUGGAAAAUGGACCUGGAACAGUGAAACACAAACCCUGGAGUUCACUUGUUUCAACAUCUCUGCUGGGAUUAAAAAGAAGAGAAAAGCCUCAAAAACACCUUCAAACCAAGAGCUUGUUAGGGAACAUCUAGUAAAAAUUUCACAAUGCAAGUCUUCAGCCAAAGGAGGGAGCUCUGGUCUGAGGAAGAGUGUGGGACUUGCUGAGCUGAACGCCUACAAGACUGCUGCAGAAGGCUCACAGAGGCAGUCGAUCACCAUUGAGGAUAUAAAACAAGUGGCAGUCUCGUUAAUGCAGGAGAAUGAAGCACUGCCCAUUCCACUUUACUUUUUGACUGUGAUUAAGAGUAAGGAGCUGGAUGAGUUUCUGGCUGGUCUUUUGCUGUACCUGCACUGCCUCUGGCAGAGGAAGGCUCUGGAGGAGAAGUCCAAGCCCCUCAUGGUGGAGCAGAGUAUGACAGAGCAGCAGAUGAAAGCAGAAGCAAGCAUUAAACUGGAGCUGGCCAAGAAGCACCUGGCCAUCUGUUACUCCAGUCUGGUGCUGGGGCAGGGUCUCUCCCAACAGCACCACAUGGCCUGUGGCAGGAGCAGGGUGUCGUCCACUUACAGAGACAGGCAUCUGUAUGAGUGUCUGUACAGCUUCUUCUGCUAUGUGGCAUGGGUCACCUUUGGAAGGCAGGAUCUAAAGGGCAUUCAGACUGAAAUUGGUCGCUUGCUACGUCCUGACACAUUCAAUCCUGCCCUGAGGGCUCAAAGCAAUGGACCAGAGGAAGAAGAGGAGGAGCAAGAGAUCACCCAGAAAGAGAGUCAGAGACCCGAGACCAUCCCAAGCAUCAGGAAGUCUCGGCACAGGCCGGGCCUAAUCUCUAUGUUGACCCGGUGCUCUCCUGUCAUGAUGUCCAUCCUGCCUUCCACACAAGACAAAACAUCUCAUUUCUUCCAGAGCUCCAGCCUCCACAAGCAGCAGCCAGAUAAGCUCAUAGACACAGAUGUUCUCAUGGAGGAGCUCAGCCAACAGCUGGCAUCGUGCAGCUUUGGUAUACUGGGAAAACCUCUGAGCCAGUUGAGACACACCACACCGAUGCCCCAUGGAGCCAAGAAGGAGGAUGAAGAGGCGGACGAUGAAGACCAUGUUGACGAUGGUGAAAACGAUAAUCCGCUAACAAAUAAUAGAGGUAGGAAGACAACCUUUAUGCAUCAGAGAUCCUCCACAACAACAGCAGAGAAACGCAGCAGCUUGAGCCGGGCUCACACUGUGACCUCGAGAGCCACCACAGAGGCACCGCUGUCAGAUACGGAAUGAACUUCACUUCUGUGUGUGUGUGCAUGUGUAUGUUGUAGGCGUGUAAUGCAAUGCCAUUAUCUGUAUCUGUUUAGUGCUCCAAAAAUUAAUAUCUGUAUUUGUAUUCAGACAAGUGGGUGUAGUCUGUACCAGAAAGGUUUUUUUUUUAUGUUAAUUAGAAACACUGAUAAACACUGAAAUACAAAGCUGCUGUAAAAAAGAAGGCAUAUUUACCCACAAAUUAUAGCAUUAUUUUCUGCAAAUAGCAAUUUGCAAAUGAUCACUUUAUUCAGCUCCUGAACCAGACGCUCUGUGGAACGUUCUUCUGUCUAAUGUGACUAAAUAAGCAAGCGAACUAUUUUUCAAAACACCAAAACACCUUUCCCAAAUCAACAAUCUGUUUGACAACAUUUGACAACAAUAGCCAUCUAAUAACAUUUUAUCAAGUUUACUUUAGUUUUUCAUACAUUCCAGAAAGACCAGAAAAGUUUGCCGGACACACUUUCAGAAUCUGUUAUAAAACUGGGACACAAGCUGUGAGACAAAAGCAGCAUUUCAUUACAAUUCUCAUAUGAUUUUCUGAGAACAGUUUCUUUUAAUUGAAAAGACGAUCAUUUAAGAAUGACAAAAAAUAUACACAAGUUUUACAAUAUUAAAAAAAAUAAUUAAAUGAUUACCUUGCGCACUCUGCGUGAGCUAUAUGGAGCAAUGGCUCAAUAUAUGAACGCAUAUUUCUUUUGUUUGGACAGAAAUAUGGUAGAAAUGUGGGUUUAUUUUGGAGCUCAGUAAGACAGUCAAGUUAAAUCCAAAUAGUUCAUCUCCCAUUGUAUUUAUCAUGCUCUUUUUUACGUUCUGUGAGCAGGGUUGCCAGCUUCUGUGUAUAAUGUCCACGUAUUGCAGAGAUAUACUGCAUUUCAGAAAUGCGCACCACUAUUAACUUUUUUAAAAAAGAAAAAAUAUAUAUGUUCCUUUCCCUAAGCUCGAACAUUUUGGGAUAGUUUCAAGUCUUUUUGUGUGAUUUUUGAGCUAUAGUUGUGGUGGGAAUUUUGUCGAAACCUGGAAAACCUUCCCACAAGCAUCUGCAAGACUGUUCUUUAAAGCUCAGAAUUAAACCUUGUGCAUUUUUUUUUGUUUUGUCCAGUGGGAUUCCACAAUUCCAGCAAACUUUCUAAAAAAAAAAAAACUAUAUUCACCUAUUUUUUGUAUCUGUAUUCAUAUUCUUUUAGGAUGCAUUAUCCAAAUGCAGACAGUGUACUUGUAUUCGAUUACACCCCUAGUAUAUUGAGACCACGUAUUUGAUUAAGAUUCUGCCAUUUUUUUCCCUUAUCAUUUAAUAUUUUUAUUGGUAUGGCAUGUUUUAUAUCAUCCUGUUUGCAUUUUAUAACAGAAAGUCCCUAAAAACUCUAUGAUGAAUCAGUAUUAUACAGUAGUAGUAAAUCCAUCAUCAUAUACACUUAUAUAUUAUAUGAAAUAAAACGUCUUAUGUCCUUUAAGUGCCAAUUUGUUAUUACACAUGACAUUCUAAAUUCACUUCUUUAUUUCAUCGUCGGCAGUCCAUAUGGCGUAGUUAAUGUUUGUGUGCUGAAACUUAUAGAGCCUAACUAAUGAGCAUAGCAGAAGCAGCUUUGCUAUCUCGCUAAAUGAAUGGGUAAUCUGGGCCUUUGUGGUGAGUAAUCUGGGUCUGUAUAGGUCUGCUGAGGAGAGCAGGGCUGCACAGGGUGUGUGUUUGUAUGUGUUGAUUUUGUAGGGACAGGAUGGCAUGGUUUCAUUUCUGAGUGUAGAGUCAAUCACUUUAAACAGAGUCAAUUAGAGUCGAUCGCUUUUAAAAAUCCAGUGUAAUGCAGUUCCUAAUUUGUAGUAAUUGCAAAACCAGGUGGUUAACAUUCUCAGCUGGGUUGUUUUUAAUCACAUUGUGCUGAAAAAUGUCCCUGGGUUGGUUGACAUUUGGACUACUUUUGUUGAUGGUUUAAAUUAGCUUAUGGUGUAACUCAGUGUUACAGUAUGAACUGAUUUAUAUUUGUACCAUAUCUACGGUCAUCUCCGAAAUGAAUGAAUGUUGUAUAAAAUUAACAUUAAACUAACAUUAACAUUCAUCGAUAACACUGAUUCAGAUUUUCACUCCAAAUGAAGAAACUACUAACGUUUUUCUUCUUAGGGAAAUCAUUCUGAUAAGUAUUUCUAUUUUUCUGCAUUACAGUGUUUUCUCUAAAAACAUAGCAAAAUUAUU